AUGGCCUCACUUGGAAACGACGAUCUGGACCUGGAUGGCAACUGGAGCGGAGGCAAGCGGAGGCGUGUCAAGAAGCGCCUGGCAUGCGACGCCGAGCAGACAGCGGAGCCCGAGCAGCCGACGCCGAAGAAGCGGAAGAAGGGCGGCGCAGUGCUGAACGCCGUGCUAUCCUCUGAGCAGCCGCCGAAGACCGGCGCAACCGCGAAGGUGCUGCGGCGGUGGGCACAGACCAGGCUGGCCACCGCCUGGGUCGCAGAGGCAAAAGCGAAGAAGUUGACACCCAUUGAAACGAAAGAGGUGUCUCCGGCGGCUGCUUGGUUCGUUGCGUGCCCGCCUGUGCUGCCGCUUGCACAGCUGCGGAACUGGGCCUCGAAGGAGCCUGCCUUCCCUGGCUCCCAGCUUCUGCAGAGUUUGGGUGCUGGCCAAGCGACGCCGAGCAGCCCGGGAGCAGCCAUCCUCGUCCUCUGUGCCUCCACCGAUCGCCUCUUUGCGCUCAAGGCAGACUUGGACGGCUCCUGGGGUAUAAAGGCCCUGGCUCUGGCAGCUCACGGUGGUGGUCGCAAACGAGACCAGGUGCUACGCCAGGCGAAAGCCCUUGCUGCUGGAGCCACGCUGGCGCUUGCGACGCCAAGUCGCUUGAGACGCCUCGUAGAGGAAGGCCACCUGGACCUCGAGUCCACGUCGCUUCUCAUCGUGGAUCUGGCUCACGACAAGAAGCUGAGGGAUGUCUUGACAUUGCAGGAUACUCGCGGCGACUUCUUCGCGCUCCUCCGCACAAAGCUUGCACCGCUGCUGCCCAAGAAGGUCGGCGACGAGACAAAGAAGCUGGCCUUCCUUCUGUGUGGUCUUGAGACAGCGUGA